AAUUGCAUUAGCAGUAGUGCAAGUGAUCAGAGAUAAAAAUGAAAUUGCUUGUUCUCUUCCUCGCCUCUCUCCUGGCCGCCGCCGCAGCGCUCUGCGCUGCUGCCGACGUCCAAUUCCAGGCCACCAACAACGCGGCGGGCACGCCCGGCGGCGACCGCUUCGCCAGCGAGAUCGGCAUCGACUACACGGUGCAGGUGCUCUCGUCGGCCUCUGACUUCAUAUGGUCGACGUUCCAGCAAUCCUCCGCGGCCGACCGCAAGGACGUGCAGCUGGUGACGGCCUCGGUCGACACGUUCUCGUCGGCCGAGUCGGGCGUCGUCGCGUACACCGUCGACAGCGCGAUCCACGUGAGCGCCGGCUACAUCGCGGGGUACUCCGGCGACGUCAAGACGGAGAUCACGGGGGUGCUGUACCACGAGACGACGCACGUGUGGCAGUGGGACGGGGCGGGGGCGGCGCCGGGGGGGUUGAUCGAGGGGAUCGCCGACUUUGUGCGGCUGCGUGCCGGGUACGCGCCGGCGCACUGGGUGAAGGCCGGGGAGGGGGACCGGUGGGACCAGGGCUACGACGUAACCGCGCGGUUCCUCGACUACUGCGACGGGCUCAAGCCCGGCUUCGUCGCGCAGCUCAACGCCGACAUGAAGAACGGUUACAGCGACGGCUUCUUCGUGCAGCUGCUGGGCAAGAGCGUCGACCAGCUCUGGAGCGACUACAAGGCCAUGUAUGCAGCAAAUUAAUAUGGCAAAUGGCUGGUAGUAUAUUUGUUGUAUUAACUAAUUAAGAUUCAAUAAAGUAAGACGAAUAUUUCAGUAUGCGCGGGACUCGAACUCAGGACCUCUUAAUUUAAUUUUGAUGCGGUAGCUCUCCAGUGUGGAGGAGUAUGCGUAACAUGGAUUCGGAUUACGUAAAAGGACCACCAGGCCCAGUUUGGCCCAUAAU